GCAGGUAUCGACGCCAUGACGUCAGCAGGUCAGGUAGAGCGCAGAGGUGUUCAAUCAGGUUCGCGGCGCGUGCACAAGCUCCUCGAGGAGGUUUUUUUUUUUUAUUUUCAAGGCGCUCGAGCUCUUUUACCUGACCUUCUUUCAGCAGGAUGACUAGUAGGGGGAGGACUGAAGGAUGUCGUUUAUGUGGUGGGAGUCUACAGGGCAACCAACGCCGGUGGCUUUUUGCGGCACAUAAUAGGAAAGGGGCCCAGAAUCAGAGUCCAACACGGUCACUAUGCAAAGAGUCUGCCUAUCAUCUGUCACCGACCAGGUCUGCCCAGAGCAGCCCAUGGGGCAGUACAUUAUCUCUUGGCUCCUCAAAUUCAUUGUACAAAUCUCAUACCCUUCCUACCCCUAAUAAAGGAAUGGACCUACUUGCUGUGCUGACACACAUAUUAGGGCAGACUGUAACACGGGGAAAUGGGAAAGAGGAGUUUGUAUGUGGCAAAUGUGUGUCUGUGCUCGAACGAGUGUUUAAGUUUGACACAGUCAUAGCCAGAGUACAAGUUUUGUCCAGGGAGAGGCUUCAGAAACUAACUCAGGAAAGGGAUAGGUUAAGACAGUGGGUGCGAAGUCGUUAUAGACAGCGCCAUCCAUCUGACCUGAAGAGCAGAGGAAGCUCUAGUGAAGAUGAUUUUGAGCUGGGAGAAAGUGACUCAGGGAAAGCUUACAGAGAGUUGCUGAGUGAUAACAUGGCUCUCGCUGCGUAUGAAUGUUGGUCUGAGAAAGCUGAGUCCUGUCCGUAUUUUAAGAGAACUGGUAAACGAUGCAGCAAGUUGAAAAAUUGUGAGUGUUGUGACUCCUUAAGGGUGUCAGAUUAUAAUUAUGAAUUUAUUUGUGGAGUUCCUCGCCACCUACCAGCAGAAGUCCUGUCUCCGUUUAGCCUAUCUCGGGACAAGUCCCAGAGUAUGCCUCUCCACUGGUCCAAAGCUCCAUCACUCCACUCUAGUCCUGCCUCCUUAUCUGGUUCCUGCCAUUCACUUAAAGCACGAUCACUUGACUCUGUAGAUGGUCAUGAUCCAUUUGAUUGGCCAGAUGAGAAUUCGCUCAUCUUGGACUCCAUCCUCCAUAAGCUGAAAAGUAUAGAGGGCAAACCAGUCAGGUCUCCAACAGGAAGCCGCAUCCCAGUUUUAAUGAAGGGACCAAAUGGCAUUUUAGUAGAUGGAUCACCUCCAAUGAAGGUUACACGGGUGCUGAGCUUUGGGCAGGGAGAUGAACAAGAGGAGGAAGAUUUGAAUGGGGAGAGUAAGGAUGUGCUGACUGAACUGAGGGAUGAAUUUCUGCCAUUGCAUAGAGAGGGCACUACGGCCAGAGUGCAUCUUGUAGUUAAGCAGUUGCAAGAGCAGCUGGAUCAAGCACAGGCUCGUAUCAGGACGUUAGAGGAAGGGCUUCAGAACAGCACACUUUCAGUCCCCAGUAAGACCCAUCAGCCAAAGGAGUCACUAUCAGUGUAUCCAAGUGGAAACUCAGGGGAUGAAAACGGCCUGAUAAAGAAUCUUAGCCAUUCACUGCAAAGCAGAGACAAAGUUAUACAGGAAUGUAUGACUUUGAUCCGAAAGCUGUGUACGGACCUUGGCUCAGGGUUAGAGGAGGCUGAUAAGCUCAUGGGCAGAGUGACUGUCUCUCUGACUGAUACACGUUCAGAGCGAGAGGAGGCCUUGGAAUCUGAGCUCAAUGAACUGAAUGAGAGAGAAAUAAGUCUGCAGAAAGAGCUGCAGGUGCUUCAAGAGGCAUGCAGAGGGCAGGAGAGAGAUCUUCUCACUCUCAACAGUGUGCUCCAGUGUAACCAGGAUGUCAUCAAUCAUUUGCAAGUAGAACUGGCUGAGAAGGCUCAAUCACUGCAGGACAUGCUGAAAGAGAGGGAGUUAUGGAAAGAGCGGCAAUCCGCCCUGGAAAAGGUGCUGCAGGAAAAAGAAGCUCUAAUUACUCGACUGCAGCAGGGAAUAGAGAGCUCCCACAACGAUGUUCAGGCACUCUCAGAUUCUCUGAUUGGUCGUGGAUUGCCAGGAGGUGGAUCUGAGGGGGCUUUGGCCAGUCAGGUGCGAGAGCAGGAGUCCUUGCUUUCUGUCUGCCUCAAAGAUUGGGAAGCACACACUGCUACCACAAGGCAGGAAGUCUCAAAACUCUGUACAGCUUUAGAACAAGCUGAGGCUGUAAUACAGAACCAAAGUCAAAGUCACAAACAGGCCAUCACAGAACUAUCAGAGCAGCUGAGAGACUCUCGAAAGGAGCUGAGGGAGAUGAUUAAAGACACCAAGCUGGCAGAACAAGCCUGGAAGUCUGAAAGGGCAAAGAGAGAUUUAGAAGAAGGGCGACUAAGAGAAAGUUUACAGAAAAGAGAUAAACUCAUCGAGCAAGUACUCUUGGAUGCAGAGAAGAGAGAUGGCAUGCUAAUAGAACUGCAACAGGACAUCUUCAGUAAGGUUGAACCAAGGGUCGGCCUCAAACACACACUAUAAUGUGUGAGAGAGAAUGUGUGUGUGUGUGUGUGUGUGUGUGUGUGAAGGAGAAUGACAUAUAUACACUGGAAUGUAUAUAUGGUGCAUAUAUGUUGAGCUUGGAUGACAAUAUCUUUGUAGUAACACUGCCACAGAUCGAUAAAGGCCCCCAAUUUAGUCUCACUACCAAACGCCUUACUGCUUUAUAUUAAGUCACUGUUUUUGUUUUUUUUGUUUUUAAAGUAAGUCUUUGCCUUUAACUCUAUUCUGUUGACUGCAGUAUUCUCCAUUCACUUAAUUUUAAACUUAUUGAACGUGUUUUUCAAGACAUGGUGUGAUGGUUUUAAUUUAUUUCUCAGCCAAACAUAAUCCUCUACACAAAAUUCUUUAUUAUUGAUUCCUUUCCAGUACCAAAGUGCACCUGCUAUUUUCAAAAAUGUAAUAUAUAUAUAUACGUAUAUAUAUAUAUACACGUAUAUAUAUAUAUAUAUAUAUAUAUAUAUAUAUAUAUAUAUAUAUAUAUAUAUAUAUAUAUAUAUAUAUAUAUAUAUAUAUACACGUGUGUGUAUAUAUAUAUAUAUAUAUAAUAUAUUAUUUCUGGGAUUAAGUGAGGGGGCCAUUUUGAGUUGUUUUUGCAUACAAACCAUUACUUUUUUCCAGGCCAGGGAGAGAGAAAUUAUGUUUGUGUGCCAUUCUUUAAUUUUUUUUUAAUUGAAAUUUUUAUUUUCUUAUUGAGUAGUGCAGUGGUGCAAUGGGUUACUUUGUUCUUAACUUUCUUUGUUUAAUAAUUUAUUAGGGAAUACAGCCAAGUGUAACUUGAUAAUCCCUUUUUUUUUGUCUACUGUCUCCUUUAUAUGUAGGCCGAGAGCCUUUAAUCUGACAUUUGACAUUUGGUUGAGGUUAUGCAUGUGCCAAGUGAUUGUUCUUUCUUGAGAGCAAUAACAAUAAACCCCAUUAUCAUAUUAUUAAUCAAAUGAGCUCAAGAUAUUUCAUAAGAAUCCUACUAAAAUGUUCACAGAUCGCAUUUUUACUGCCAUGUGUGAUGGGCUAAAAGGGAAUGUGAUAGUAGCUGAUCGAGUUGCGGAAUUACCUUGUUCCUGUAUGACCUUGUUCACUAAAUGGUUUUAUGUUCUGUACCAUAUUAAACAAUGUGACUUAAUACAUUGAUAUUAGUGGUUUUGGAAAUAUUGUCUUUAUUUCCCCUACCAUUUUUUGCCAUCUGUAUUCAUUUUGAUGACCAUAAUAUUGAAUAUUGUCUUAUAAAUAUUGCUAAUACUGUAAUAUCUGGCGCAUUAUCCCUUUGAUGUAGUUUUCAUGUUCAACAGCCUAAACAGUGCAUUUUCAAUAGCUUACCUCUAAGUUUAAAAAGAAAAUGAGAUUAAGUUAGACAGCAGCUUGAGGUAACUGGUGGAUGGGUGGAAGAUGUGCACUGGGUAACUUAACAGGUAGCAACAGUUUCAGCACCUCAGCCUGUAUUUACAAAGUUAUUAAAACUCAGAUUCUUGUUUA